GAAGGCUACCGUGUCAUCGCCUCUUGAUGCACAAGUGCUGUAGGCGGGUGAACCGUUAUUGUCACUUUGCUCGCAGCCAGAACGACCAGUCUGAGCGUCUUUUUUUUUCUUUUGCUGAAGGUUAAUACAAACGCAGUGACAUCCAGCCGACAUGGGGAAGGUGGAAGGAGGAAUGAAAUGCGUGAAGUACCUUUUGUUCGUGUUCAACUUCAUCUUCUGGUUAAUGGGAUCCUUCGUUCUGGCCGUGGGGCUGUGGCUGCGUUUUGACCCAGAAACUGUCUCCCUGCUCAGCGGCGAUAAGGCUCCAGAUACCUUCUUUAUUGGUGUGUACAUACUAAUUGGUGCUGGCAGUCUGGUGAUGUUAGUAGGUUUCUUUGGCUGCUGUGGAGCUGUUAGAGAAUCUCAGUGCCUGCUGGGUUCAUUCUUUGCCUGCCUGCUGAUCAUCUUUGGGUCUGAGGUGGCUGCAGGAGUGUUUGGAUUCUUAAACAAGGACAAGAUAAUUGAAGAUGUCCAGAACUUCUACACCAAGACCUACAAUGAGAACAACAACGGCACAUUGAUCAUGUCUUACCAGAAAGUACUGAACUGUUGUGGAACCAUCGCAAGCCCAUGCUCUGAUCCUGAACCAGAUAAAGACUGUGAGACAGGCAUCAAAGACUUCUUCAACAGUAAACUCUACAUCAUUGGAUACGUGGGAAUUGGCAUCGCUGGAGUCAUGAUCAUUGGGAUGAUUUUCAGCAUGGUGCUCUGCUGUGCCAUUCGCAACAGCAGGGAGGUCAUCUAAGCUGGAUCCGUCACCUCCUCCUGUGUCCAGCCCCUGUACAGCACUUCAGCUCAAAUGUCAACUCCUGUCCAUCAUCCAAGCAGGGACCCAGGAAUCAGAACAUGUUCCAAAAAAUUCCUUUUCACUAUGGUGCUCAACCCCUCUCUCCUGGCCUGUUCUUCCAAUUAUUUCCUUCCUAGAAUCACUCUUUAUUUAUGCCCAGUCACACGUUAAGUAGUAUGCUCUACCUUUCAUAACAUCCUUCUAAGACUUUCACAUAUCCAGUGGGAACUGUACUGUUUCUAAUUACCUGACAGCUUGUGAAAUUGUUUUUCCUCAUGGCCAUUUGGCUACAGAUGUUAACCCACAUACUGUCACAGUAGUGUCAAUGCUUUUUUCACAUAGCCUUGACACUGACCCCUUGACUGUGGGAAACUUAAACCUGAGAGAGCAAUCUGAGGCCAAAGCAGCUGAGUUUGCUUAUCCGGCCGCCCAAAAAUGAAAACACACGCAUAGACAUGCACGAACAUACAAACACAGCAAUGUUGUGUUACAUGAGACGGCAGCCUUAAAAAAGGUUUUCUGGCUUCUGGAAGCGAAUUCUGAUUGGUGGAAUCAGAGUGGUGUGUCAAAAGAGGGAAUGACUGGUGAGUGUUCCAGAUGCAUCCAUCAUGCAACCCCAGCGCUUUUACUAACACAUUAACGCUAAACACACACACACACACACACACACACACACACACACACACACACACGCAGUGGACUGCUCGAACCACACAGGUUGUACUCUACAACCAAGAUCCAGUUGUUGUAAAGGAAUAGUUUAACAUUUUGCUUUAUAUUAAUUAUAUAGGCAUGGGAACAUGAUAAAAGGUAAAGAAGCAUUUUCUCCCAAAAUGUCAAAGUGUUUCUUUAAACAGCUACACCACUGGCUUGCUCAUUAUAGUCGAUUUACCACAAGUCAUGCAUGCUUGAUUGAUUACAUUUCCAAACUGUGCAAACAAAGCUGGUGUGUGAGAUUCAAAAAGCUACCUUAAGUGGUAGUAGAAGUACAUUUAUAAAUCAAAGAUUCUUCUCUGAGGUUGAAAAUGAUCAGUGAAAGUAUACAUGGUUUGAAUUUGUAAAAACUACCAGUCAGAUGCCCUUUUUGUCUCUAAACGAAAGUCCCUCAUCUGUUAGGCCAUGUGACCCAGUGUCAUGAAUACCACUUCCUAGUUCUUCUCUGAUAAUAAAUACGCUCUCUUACAUAAGAGAAUACCCUCAGUCUCUGUUGACUGUACAGACGACCCAGAUCAUGUGGCCAUGUUUACAGGCUAAACAUAUACUAGCCUGUCAAUUGAGUAUAGGCACUGAGGCGGUGAACUUUGGAUGUCCAUGCCAGGCCUUUGACCUGUUCUCACUUCCAUCUUUUUUUUCCCCCUCUGUACCUUAAUAGUACACCUCCCAUAACAAAAAGCAAGAAAAUAGUCCCUCUAACCUUCAGUAACCCCCAUAGACCUCAAAUCACUUCAUUCAUCCAUGUCAGAUCAGGCCACUGUAAAUUCUGUAUUGUUUGUUCCAAGUGUCAGGACUCCAUUAUGUAAAUAUGUGUGGAUUUUUUUUUUUUUUUUUUGUAGUUGUACAUUAUUUGUGGCUGGUGUGUUAGUUCCUAUUUAACAUGCUGUGUGUAGACAGAUUUUUGCAGUAGUUUGUACAGUGUUGUAGUCUUGACAGUGUUUGAAAAUGUGGUCAAAGCAAAUCCACUUGGCUAAAACAGCUUCUUAAUGUGCCUUUCUUUGAUAACCAGCUAUCCGGUGGGCUGCAGGCUGUCUGAGUGUAGUAAGUAAAUGUAGCAAAAGUGUACAUAUGUUCGUAGAGUUGGACUGCAACGAACUGUCACAGGCAUUCGAUGAGUAGCACAUAUUUGCUCGACUCACUGCUGUUGUUUCGGCGUGUCGCUCCACUGUGUCUUCUCAGCCAAGAGGGCUGAAGUGGCAACAAUUAGCCUGCCAACUAUUUCAAAAGCCUUUUUGGUGCAAAGAAAAUCUGUUCUUAGGACACUGAGCAAUGAAGUUGAAAUUCAAAUGAUCAUGCUAUAUUGGAUGAAAGCACUGGUCAAUAUUGCUUUUUUGUUGUUUUUUUUUUGUUUGCUUGUUUGUUUCAUUUCACUGUAAUGUGACACAAGUGAGGAGACAACAAAAGCUUACUUACCACUUUGGGAUGCCAGUAGGCAGUGUUUACUCUGAGGGACUGAAGCAACACUGAAGAGUCACUAGACUGUCACUUCAGAGGCUCAGCGGAGUUUCAACAGUUUACUCCUACUCGAUCCCCGAAGCUGUUGCUGUGUUCCUCGGUUACGUUUGUUCAAGCAAAUCUGGAGAAGCAACACACUCCGGAACCUAAAAAAAGCACAGUCGAGCCUUUCAUAGAUGAUUGUGUGUUAAUUUAUUUUCAUACCAUUCCAGGCUUCUCAGGAAUAUGGGUGUUUGAAGUUCAAAUAAAGGUUUUAAGGUUUUACAGAC